AUGGUCGACCAAACGAAAGUCCAAGAGGUUCUUGACACUAUUCCUCUCGGUUACAGGGGAACCGGUGGUGCAAUUGCCAUUGUCAAAGAUGGAGAAUUGAUCGGCCAGCGAGCCUGGGGUUACGCCGACAUUGACCAACGUGUUCCGCUUACGCCUGAUAUCCAGAUGCCCAUCUGCUCAAUUACCAAACAGUUUGUCUGUGCGCUUCUGCUUGAUCUUCAGCGUAAUCCGACCCCAUCAAUGCUUGCUAAAGGUGACAUCCAAGCUCAAUUCGACGACAAGCUACGGGAAUUGCUUCGUCCGGAGUUGACUCAGGAUGGUACUCUUACUCUUCAGAAUCUCUGCGAUAUGCAAUCUGGUUUGCGUGAUUAUUGGGCUAUGACAGCUCUCUGGGGAACAAAGCCGGAAGAUGAAUACCUUGUGGAACGGGACUGUCCACCAAUGUUGGAGCGCAGCAAGUCAUUUCACUUCAAGCCCGGCUCUGAAUUCUCCUACUGCAAUGUCAAUUUCUACGUCCUUGCUCGGGUUAUUGAGCGUGUUACUGGUGAGCCUCUUGGAAAGUUGCUUUCUGAGCGAAUUCUCAGCCCUGCUGGUAUGAAAACCGCCUUCCUCUGCUCAGAUAAUGCCAAACUCCCCCCUCCUUGUCUUGGAUACGAGGGAACAGAAGGAUUAGGUUUUGUCCCAGCUGUGAAUCGAAUGGAAUGGUCCGGUGAUGCCGGAUUGGUCGCCUCUCUUACUGACAUGAUUGCUUGGGAGAAAUAUCUGCAACACCUUUAUUCCGAUUCGGACAGUUGGUAUCACAAAGUCGCUCAGCCAAUCACAUACUCCGAUGGUAAAUUUGCACCCUACCAUAAUGGUCUGUGCCAUUCGGAUAUCAGCGGUGUAGACAAUCUGGGCCAUGCUGGUGCACUGCGUGGCUACCGAUCUUGUCGAAGACAUGCUUUGAAAGAAGGCCUAUCGGUCGUGGUUUUGUUCAACCACGAACCAGAUGUGAUGGGCGCUAGCGAAGACGCUCUGAGAAUUAUUCUUGACAAGCCCAAGCCACAAUAUCCACUUGUCGAACCAAAUACUUCCUGGUUCGGUAGCUUCCUCGACCAAGAAACCCAAUUAUCAAUUACCAUCAGCAAGGGAUCGGCACCAGGCGAAAUCAAGGUUCUAUAUCAUGAUAGCCCCGAAACCCUUCAUCUGACCGACGCCACUCAUGCUGAAGCCUCGGGCAUCUCUGCGAAUAUUGAUGGAGAUGUACUGCGCAUGCACCGUAUUAUGGAAAAUAGGAAGGUAGAGGCUCAACGCCUUGUUCCGCGCGACUCUUCAUUCAGAGAUAAGCUGCUUCUGGGCGACUAUAAAUCUGAGGAGAUUGAGUCUGUCUUUCACUGCUGGGGUGAAUCCGGCUUGCUAUAUGGUGCCUUCGAUGGGUAUCUUGGAAAGGGGACAAUAACCGGUAUGAAAUAUCUGGGCGAUGAUGUCUGGGCUUUGACCUGCCCCAGAGGCCUGGAUGCGCCAGCCCCUGGGGAUUGGACUGUUGUCUUCCAUCGUAAUGAAAGCGGUGGUAUUAUUGGGUUUAAAAUUGGCUGCUGGCUUGCAAGGGGAAUUGACUUCAUCAAGGUUUAA